AUGGAACGAUUUUCCUUAUCAUAUCAAGAAGCAGCAAGGGCUACUGAACAAAUGACCAUUUCGGAUUUGGAUGAAUUACGCCAAGAAAAACAUUUGGUCUCUAAUCAACCUAUUUUAUCACUUCUAAAUGGUAUGGAAGAUGAUUAUAUGGAAAAAACGGGUCAUUAUGAGAAAUUAAUUGAACAAAGCGUUAAUAUCACCAAUUCACUUCAAUGUUUUAAUUUGAGUAAUUGGGAUAUUCGAAUUCAUGAUAUCUUACGAUUUCAUUGCACACAACUUUUACCACUGGAUGCGCAAUGUCCUUUUAAUAGUUCCAGAACUUUGAAACACCAACAUAUCAUGUGUUGCUGUAACGAUUGGUCGUUUUGCAACUAUAAUGUUGAUAUAAUAAAUCGUACAGCUGUACAAUCAAUUCCAAAUUUAUGUGCCUAUAAUAAUGAAUAUCAGUACUUUCUACAUGAUUAUUUUUAUCCCUCUCAACCGGAUGCUAAUCAUUCAUGUUUAUUACAUCUUGUUACCGGAAAUGCUCUUCGUGAUAUGAACCGUUUUUUUCCACGUGAAGAUUCUGUUAUCUUUUUUUUACCCGGCUCAGCCAUACAACCAAUUGAUUUUUCGUAUGCAUUAUUGAAACCUAAUGAAUGUGAUUAUAUUGAUGUUGAUUUGAAGCAUGAUUAUCUUCAAAGUCGUUAUUGCUAUGAAUCAACCAAAUCAUUGAAGUAUUUCGAGACACGAUACAUGCCGAUGAGAUUAUUUGCAUGUCGUUGUCAAACAGCGCCCGGAAAUGUCCCCUGUGAUAGUAUUCUAAAGCAAACUAUCGCCAAAAAGGCUAAAGAUUCAGUAAAAAAAAUUUUUUCUGUCUUCUGA